CAGAUAUCAAGAUGAGUGGGGAUGUAGCAGAUUCCACAGAUGCUCGAAGUGCUCUCAGCCAGGUGGAGACAGGAAAUGAUCGAAACGGCCUAGAUUUCAACAGGCAGAUUUGUUUGCUUAGGGUCGUCUUCUUCGGGGGUUACCGUCAGCAGCUCACAGCCAAGGGGUGAGGAAUUAUAGAGUAAGAGGUCAAUAAAGCAAAAAACUCCCAAGAAUAACGCACAGAGUGGUCCGAACAUGCCAGGCUAACACCCAGGGGAAUCUGGGGGCUAUCAGGCACUUCAUUUUCAGAAAUGGAGGUCGGCAGUGCCCCUGCAAGACUUCGGAGGGCAAUUGAUCCGAGAAGCAGAUGAAAGGAUUAAAACUGAGGACCUCAGUGACUCCCUGCAGCAGACCCUCUCUCAUCGGCCAUGCCACCUGAGUCAAGGACCUGCCAUGAUGCCUGGGAACCAAAUGUCUGGGGACGUGCCUUCCCUCCAUCCACUCCAGCAGCUCGUGCUGGUUCCGGGACACCUCCAGUCUGUUUCCCAGUUCCUGCUAUCUCAGACCCAACCUGGGCAGCAAGGUCUGCAGCCAAAUCUUCUCCCCUUUCCACAGCAGCAAAACUCGCUCCUCCUCCCGCAGACUGGGCCUGGCCUGACGUCCCAGGCAGUUGGGCGCCCUGGGCUGCCAGGAUCCUCUUUAGAACCCCAUCUGGAAGCGUCCCAGCAUCUCCCAGUGCCCAAGCACCUCCCCAGCUCUGGAGGGGCGGAUGAGCCCAGCGACCUGGAGGAGCUGGAGAAGUUUGCUAAGACCUUCAAGCAGCGGCGCAUUAAGCUGGGCUUCACACAGGGGGACGUGGGGCUGGCGAUGGGAAAGCUCUAUGGCAAUGACUUCAGCCAGACGACCAUCUCGAGAUUUGAGGCCCUCAAUCUGAGCUUCAAGAACAUGUGCAAGCUGAAGCCACUACUGGAGAAGUGGCUGAAUGAUGCAGAAUCCUCUCCGUCAGACCCCUCGGUGAGCGCCCCCAGCUCUUACCCCACCCUCAGUGAAGUGUUUGGGAGGAAGAGGAAGAAGCGCACCAGCAUCGAGACCAACAUCCGCCUGACUCUGGAGAAGAGAUUUCAAGAUAACCCCAAGCCCAGCUCAGAGGAGAUCUCCAUGAUUGCAGAGCAGUUGUCCAUGGAGAAGGAGGUGGUGAGGGUCUGGUUCUGCAACCGACGCCAAAAGGAGAAGCGAAUCAACUGCCCGGUGGCCACGCCCAUCAAAUCACCCAUGUACGGUUCCCGGCUGGUGAGUGGCCAGGAGCCAAGCUGCCUGCCAAGCACCGGGGGAGAUAAAGCCUGGAGGGCAAAGAGUUUUCCCAUCUGUGUGUGUCUCCCUCUGGGUCUCUGGGCCCCCUCUCUGUCCCUCCCAUCCACAGCACCAUGCCUGGAACAGAUCUUGGUACCGAUGGAAUCAUCCCACCUACCUCCACUGAGACCAAAAAGUUUCUCCUACUCCGCCUGGCCCUGUAUUCCCCACUGGAAGGAAGGGAGUCAUGACUUCUCUGUACGGACAGACUGCUUUCAGGAGAUGGAAGAGAAUCCCCACUAUCAAUGAGCCCAAACUCUCGCCUUCUUCAGGAACAAGAGCCUUUGGGGAUCCAAACUGUGAUUGAAUCCUUUGAGGAUCCUGUGCUCUUUCUUGAAAUGCACACCCCUCCAAGGAGUUUACCAUUUUUACCUUCCUUGCCUGUGCCCUUAUCGUCUAAUCCUUACUAUUUCAGACGGCUUCAGUGCGGCAGUGGUCCUUCAGAGAAAGGACCUCUCGCCGUUGUUCGCCAGCGCAUCUCCAGCUCAUUCUGGGCACAGCCAUUUGCCUGGUGCCAAACUACCAGAGGGGAGAUAAUGGUUUGGACUCUGAACUUAGUCACGAUCUUUGAACUGAUUCUGGACUCUGUGAAAAGAUUUAAAUCUGAUGUCUCCACCAAAGCCUUGGUGUUUUUCUCUGUUCAGUGGUUUUCUGACUGAAUCUUCAUUUCACUCCAUUUUCUCUUUAGCCCCGCCCCCUUUCCUAGAACCAACUCUAUUGGUGAUUGCGUUCUCCAAGUUCCCGCCUCUUUGCAGAAGACUGAGCCAUCCUCAGUCCCCUGGGCACAUUCCUCUGCUCCAUCUGCCCCAGAGUUUAGGAACAACACUUGUCCCUUCUCUCCUUCCUUGUGUUUUUCUCCUUCUCUUGUCCUCUCUCCCUUCUCCUGGUGCAGAAGGAAGAACACAAAAGCAAACAGACAAUGAUUAUGCUGGCAAAAUUCCUAUGGAUAGCCCUUUCCUGUUUUUGUAUUAUGUUCUUCUCUCUUUAAUGUGGAAUUUUCCAGCAAAAUGUUCAACUCAGGUGUGAAUUUUGAAAACGUCUCUGUAAUAUUUUAUCUUCUUUAACAAAAAAGAAAGGAAAAAAUACCAAA